AUGUCUUCUCUUUCCUGUGUCCUUCUUGUCGCACUUUUCGGACUUCUAGCCUUAUCUCAGGCUCAGAAUAUUCCCCCACCUCCAUUCUUGGCUGGGGAAUCCCCCGAUGUUAUCCAGAGUUUCCAAAGAGUUCUGGAAAGAGGAAACGACUUGACUGAUGCCCAAUUGGAUCGUGAAGUCGACGCAUGGGUCCAAACUCAAAGCGCCGCUGUUAAGGUAAAUACGCUGACCUUUUUGUGAUGGCUAUUAAAUGCAAAUUUCAGGGGUUUUAUGAUGAUUUUACAUUUCUUGAAUCUUUUAGAACAAGUACGCGCAAUUCAAGUCCGAUCUUGCCAAGCACCAAGCCCAAGCCGAAGCUGCUCACAAAGCAGCUGUGUCCAGAUUCUCUUCUGUAGCUCGUGAAGCCGAUGCCAAGCUCUCUACCAUUGCCAACAACCCAUCUCUGACAUCGGCCCAAAAGAAUGCACAGAUCGAGAAAUUCGUAAGCCAACUCCCACCAGCCGUCAGAAAAGAAAUCGAAUCCGCCAUGCAGGGUUAA